AUGAACGAAAUAAAGAUCGAACCAUGCGAUAUCUGGAAUGUUGAUGAAACGGGUGUAUCUACAGUGAAUAGAACGGUCCGUGUUAUAUCUCGCUGUGGUCGGAAGCAGAUCGGGCAAAUCACAUCUGCCGAGCGUGGACAAUUGGUGACACUUGUUCAAGCUGUAUCGGCAACUGGAAUGCGUGCACCGUCGUAUUUUGUGUUCCCACGCGCACGUUUCAAAGAGUGGUUUUUGAAUGGUGGGCCGUCAGGUUCAACUGGAGGAGCAAAUCCGAGUGGAUGGAUUAAUGCAGAGUUGUUUCUAGAAUUUUUGAAAAACUUUCAAAAAUUCACUCGCUGUGACCGUGAUUACCCUGUGCUUGUUCUGCUAGACAAUCACGAAUCGCAUCGUUCCUUGGCAGCACUGCAGUUUUGUCGAGAUAAUGGAAUUCAUGCUGUGUCCUUCCCGCCCCAUUGCUCUCAUCGCCUUCAGCCACUAGACGUCAGCGUAUUUGGUCCGUUCAAAACUGCGCUUAACAAGCAAUUCGAAUUAUUCUUGCGAAUGCAUCCAGGGCGCGGCAUUCAUAUUUUCGACAUUCCGGCGAUGGUGACACGAGCUCUAGAAGUGGGAGCUGAUGAAAGGAACAUAAAAGCCGGAUUUAAAGCCACUGGAAUUUGGCCGAUGGAUUCGGACAUAUUCAAAGAUAUCGAUUUUAUGCCGAGUGCCACAACCAAUCGAGCUGAACCAACAACUGUUGAAGACGAAAAUGAAAAUGAAGAGGAAAGAAAUGAACCAUCACACCAAGCAGAAGUAAAAGAAACCAUCGACCGAUCUCUAUUCCUAAGUUCGACAAUUGAAUCGCUUUCGCCAUUCCCGGAAGCUCCACCACGCAUUCAGAAGAAACAAAGAGGUCGUAAGCCAGGACGGACGAUGAUUUUGACAGAUGGUAAAGAAAUUGAAAAAAUCGAAGAAGAAGAAAGACAACGUCGUAUCAGUGAGAUAUCCAAGCAGGAUAAAAUCCAACAGCAAAAAGAGAAACGCGAAUAUUUAGAAAAUGUAAAAAUGGAAAAUAAAAAGCAACAAGAAGAAAACAAGAAGUUACAAGAAUUGAAAAAGAAGCAGAAAGAAGAAAUAAAUAAACUACAAGAAAUAAAGAAGAAGCAACGAGAAGAAAUGAAGCUAGUAAAACAAGAGAAGAACAUAAAACAGUGA